AUGCUAUCGAAGUGGCUGCUGAUCUUUGGAUUUCUGCUGAUGAGCUGGCAGUGGGCGCAAACCAUGCCCAGCCGCAACAGCGGGCAAGUUCCAGCACCGCCACCCGCCCAAAACGGGCAAAACCCGUCAGUGCAGAGCAUCUUUGACCUGCCGCCCAACUGCAAGCCCGGCGAGGUGGCCACUGGUCCCCAUCACAGAUGUCGCCACCAGGCCUGACGUUGUUAAAGUGUCCCAGCCGAUCGACAAAUCUAAAGUACUUAAUUAUAGCAAAUGAGUCUGCUAGCAGCUACCACAGCUGCGGAAUGUACGCGUCAGACAAGUACUUACCAACCAGAUGGAGACGUGCUCAAAACUCUGUUUUCUAGCUGCUUCUAAAAUAAAAGCGAGUGUGCCCAUAAAUAUUAAACAGUCGCUGUUCGCUGUGCCGUAAAAAGUAAUAAUAGUUUAAUAAAUUCAAUUGUACAGUGAGAAAGAAAUUCCCUUGCAGUUCUAUCAAUUCUGAUUUAACCGGUUUUAUAAUUUAUAAUCAUAAUAUUAAAGUACAAUAUGGGCAGUUCCGCCAAAAGGUCCACCAGGCCAAAAAUCAU